UUGCGAAGGCUCGAGCUCUAGCUGUGGAGAAGUCUUGACUACACUGAGGUACCAGACUUCUAUACCGCCUUCUCUUGGAAAAGCACACCACAACGGAUGUGCUGGCUCCCUUGUUGCUUCACCAGGAGACUAUAACCUGUAACCUUUGCACGUGAUGAUGAACAACUGGAACGCGUGUGUGCCGUGCCCUGUUUCUUCGGGCCCGGAGGUUUGACUGUAUAAACCAGAUACAGGGGAGACGAGCUGUUGUACCGAUUUAGACAACGACCUUCUUCGUCGGUCUCCGCAGACCAGACACAUCUUCUUCUCCAACGCUUUGACUUGCUACACAAAGCCACCACUAUGUCGGGUCAAAACAGCUUCGUGCUAGGUAGAGGAGUGCCCUCUGUAUCGCCCCGGCCGUUCUGCUGUUCUACCCCUGCUCUUUCUUCUCUGAACUUUUGCAGUUUGACCGAAUACCAAUCGCGUACUGGCAUGCGGAUGCUUCACCCCUUCGAGGUAGGAGCUGGUCGGUGCCUUGUGACUCAAUUCGUCAGGUCAACUGGGCCUUCGCGUGAUGCCAGAUCCCGUUGUCGCAGUGGCGAAAAGGGUGUGUCCCGUGCCUGCAGUCAAGGGAAAGUCCCGGACAACAUUGCGGGGUCUCCAGACGUCCGACCGCGGGACUCCUUACUGCCCUGCUGUGACUACCUUUUGCGCCGCCUUCUGCCAUCAGUUCUCUCUGAAUGCUUUUCCGGCAACAGGACUCCAAACCUUGCCCCAGCAGAGCGGAAGGCGGGGGACAAUGCACGGUGUAGCCGGUGCGGUCGGCCACAGCUUGAAUCAGAACAACCGGAACAAGAAAUAGUUCGUAAGAUAAACGAAGCGACCGCAAACUCUUCAGAUUUUAGGCGAGAGCUCGGGCCCACAACGGCAGAUACCGCCAGAGCAGCUGCAUCCCCGUCGACAUCUGCUGUAGGCGGGGGCAGUGCGUGUGAAGGGGGAUCUCCGGUAGCGGGUAGCUUUCCUGAUAUGCCUGAAGAGGGUAUAUCUACAGUCGUUAGUCAAAACGCACCACGGAACUCCGCUGCGAUUGCUUACUCGUUUUUCUCAGAUCGGCUGCGAGCCAUCCGCCAGGAUGCGGUUCGCCAGCGUCUGAAUACACCGGAUUUGUUCGUUAUUCUCCUUCAGUGUGCACGGUUCCAUCUGUUUGCUGAGUACUUUUGGGGUGGGGGAAUGUACCGCAAGUCUACCGCGUCCUCUGAGCCAGCUUCUUGGGUUAGGCGGCCGCAUUCGCCUAACCUAAGCGACAUCGAGGUCAGACAGUACGACUCUAGCGAGAGCGGGGUAGCAGGAGCAGGAAGGCACUUGUCGGCACGCACGCCUCCAUUAGAAUCAGCUGCAAAAGACAGCCACCUUGAAUCCGCGAAUAACGGCGCCCAGGUACAGGAAGUAUCUCCUGAAGCGACCUUUAGAGUUUCUGGGUUUUCUCCCAGUCUCAACCGUUUUCUUCUGUCCUCAUGCCUUGUACAACUCCUCGGCAUCACUCUCCGAGAAUCGCGGCGCUUUCGAUUGUUGAAGCGGCGAAAAAAAAGAGAACACAAGAUGGGAGCUGACUGCAGGAUUAGUGGUCCAGGUAGCCACAAGGUGUCGUCGGAAGAAACCCGAUCGGAGCUCGAGGAAUUUGCCAGGGGACUGGGCGUCGAAAUCUCAGAAAUUGACGAGGUCGUCGCCGUUUUCUUGUUGUCCCAGACACUCGCUGUGCCUGUUCAAACGAUGUUUAACUCAGGACAGGAAAGAAGCAUUUUUGUGAUUCAGGAGAUAACCAGAGCUCUCGGUGUCUGGUUGAACGACCUUCCCUGGUCUGUUUUGGCACUCCGAAUGACUAUUCAAGCUUCAUCUGGCGUAGACCCACGCCGUGCCCUCUUAAGUCAAGAGAGAGCUCCCCUUCCUUUCCUUCUUCAGUGCGCUGUGUAUCCACACGCAGACCGACUUCGAGCUGUUGUCCUUGCCGAGAUUAAGGCGUCCGCAGUAGCAGCUGUACCAGGCACAGUGGUAUCGAUGAAACAGUUAAUCCAGUUAAUGGCGUGCGGUAGGGCCGAGGAUGCGACCAGUGUGUGUCUACGCUUGGGAGCUGGCGAACCUGUCUAUAGUCAGGAAGCAAGACGUGAGGCAGAGGGAAGCAGUGCCGAAGGCGGUUCAGGCAGGGAUAGCGGAAAACAGCGCCUGCAGCCGACACAUAGCAUGUCGUUGCCAGCUCCGCGACACGCGAACAGCCAACUCGGGGAAGGGCACACAGGGGACGCAAAAAGCGCACAUCCAGCGAACUUUAGCUCCGAUUUCUCAAAAGCCGAUCAUGAAGCAGUUUCAGCGCAGCUGCAGAUAUCAAAUGUUACAAAAUAUACCUAUCGACACGAGGUAGUUGCAGGCAUCCGCUUUCGCAGAACUGACGAAACUACAUACGCGCCAGGGCACACUCUCGCAACUAAUGGUACAAAAAAGGAACCAGGAAAACAAAUUCGUUUCUCUGAGAUUCUUGCCCUGGUUGGAAGCGAUUCAUGGAUGCGGUCCGCUCCGUCAUUCGUAAUGCAUGCACCUGUUGAUGUCGAGGAGUUGAGAAAUAUCUUCGCUUGGCCUCCACCACUCGUUAAGCAAGAACAUCGGGUUACUCUAUGCUUGUGA